AAAUGGAUAUGAAAUAUCUCGUAUGAUACAUUGUUUUCACAUAAUCACACAAUUUACUCGGAACAAAAUCAGCUUUCCAAAUAUAAAGCUCCACUAGACGAAGAAAAAUUAAACGUAAAAUUAAAAAUGAGGCGAAGAAGUUGGAAGCAGAAACGACUUCUUAUAUAGUUAAUUCGCUUGUGCGGCGAUUGAUUUAGUCUGACUUUCUUAUAAUUCGCAUAAUUUAUAAGUAGAACCUACAUACCUUGAAAUUAAGCACAAUUAAACAGUAAAAUUACCUGGAUGAGGAGAAAGUUGGAAAUAUCAGGGAAACGUGCGUUAAGACUCUAGUGCAGGUUUAAGGUUGGUCUAGCUUUUUAGCUAAAACCAAUUUACAUUUAAAAGGCAGCUUUGUUUAUCAAAACCAUAGUCUUUAAAUAUGUAAAAUAAACACGACAAAAGUAAUUAAAAAAAAAUUGAAGUGGAAAAAUCACCAGAAAUCGCUCGUUGGAUCUGUAAAGCGGGUGUCAUGCGUGAUUAUUAAAGGCACUGCUGCCCUCUUGCGGUUCUCUUGCGCUACUUCAGUUUAAUUUUCGCUGGGCAGAAGUGGUAAUUUUAGCGCGUUGAGAACGAGCAAUGGAAAAUAGAGGCGUGUGAAGAGCGAAAAUGACAUAUAGGCUACUUGUUUUUCGUUCUUGUGAUGAGCACUUUCCAGCCACCCCAGCACUUUCUUAUGCUGACUUGAGCUGUGUUUCGCUCUUUCUCUUUCUCUCCUGCCUCCUUCUUUCUCAACAUUGAGCUACACCACUUCAAACCAGCCUUGAUAACUGCCCACAACAAAACAACAUAGAACAACCACCUAUUUUACCUGAUAUAUGUCUCUAGAGAACAACUUUUUCCUUUUUCGUGUGAGUGUUCACUUGUACCCCUGUUCGAGGAUGUCAGAGGAAGUGUAGGGGUGAGAUACAGCAGUGUUUGGGGGUGGAGAGAAAAUGUGGGAGGGAAGUGAGGAGAGAGUGACUGUAUGAGCCCAUAUCUCAUUCAUUCUCUCAUGUGACAAUUAAAUGUAGCUGAACAAGGACGGCCGAACACCUUUCAAGCUAGAAGUUUGAGUCAGUAGCCUUGGGUUAGGUAUGGAUUCUGAUAUUCAGAUAAUAGCAUGAAUAUUCACUCUGCAAUUUGCAUAAAUUGAUCAUCGAGAGCAGUGAUUGGUCAGCUCGUUAGGGCUCUCUGAGCUGGACUGAAGUCUUGCACGCUAAAAAACCUGAGAGACUCAGACAAACGCAGACAGAAGGCUGUGGUUUAUUUAUAAAAUGGCGGCUAUGGCGAAAUGUCUGAAUUCCAGUAGAUAUCAGGAUGUCUAAAGCCGUCGAUGAUGACAAGAUGGGGACUGAGCUUCCAGUGGACAGUACAGACUCUGAGAGGAACAGUCCAGAGGCCAGCGAUCAGACCCAGCCAAUGAAAACAAGUCCUUUCUGCCUGUCUCCUGCACCCAGCAACACAAAGGUUAAAGCCGAGGAGGCCGCUGAGAUGAUCAGUGUUCACGCUCCUCCACCUCCUCCAGCUCAGCCGGCUCUGCCACACACACAACUCAUGCUGGCCGGCAGUCAGCUCGCAGGGCUGGCUGCUCUCCUCCCUGCACAGCAGCAGCUGUUGUUGCAGCAGGCUCAAGCGCAGCUGUUGGCCGCAGCCGUGCAGCAUUCGAACGCUGCGCAUGCCGCCCACGCAGCUGCGGCAGCCAAUCAGCAGCAGCAGACGCAACAGCAGCAGGCCAAUCAGGCAGCAGCACAAGCCCAGUCUCAAGCCAAACCUGAGCAAGCUCCGCCUCCGCUUCUGUCACAGCCUAUCCAGCUCACUGCCCAGGACAUUCAGCAGUUUCUGCAGUUACAGCAGCUGGUCCUGAUGCCAGGUCAUCCUCUACAGUCUCCUGCUCAGUUCCUGCUUCCUCAAGCCCAGGCUCAGCAGGGUCAGCAAGGUUUGCUUUCAACACCAAAUUUGAUUUCACUACCUCAGCAAAGCCCAGGGAGUCUCCUGACCUCCCCAUCUAGACUGGGCCUUCAAGCACAGCAUCAUCUUGACGACAGGCUGUGGUCAUUGCAGAGGGAGAAGAGUGUGGAGAGCGCUGUAAGCUCCGCCCCCUCCUCAGUCCCGCCCAUGAGCACCGUGUCCACAGUGACAGCUCACGCCGAGGAGCCCAGCGAUCUGGAGGAGCUCGAGCAAUUCGCAAGAACCUUCAAACAGAGGAGAAUUAAACUGGGCUUCACACAGGGGGACGUGGGUAUGGCCAUGGGUAAACUGUACGGCAAUGACUUCAGUCAGACCACCAUCUCACGUUUCGAGGCUCUCAACCUCAGCUUCAAGAACAUGUGCAAGCUCAAACCCUUGCUGGAGAAAUGGCUGAGCGAUGCAGAAACCAUGGCGAUAGACAACAUGCUGCCGAGCCCCAGUUCACUGUCCUCACCUCUGCUGGGCUUUGAAGGCUUGUCUGGACGCCGCCGAAAGAAACGCACCAGCAUCGAGACCAACGUCCGCAUAGCCCUGGAGCGCAACUUCAUCUCGAACCAGAAGCCUACUUCUGAAGAAAUCCUGCUGAUGGCCGAGCAGCUCAGCAUGGAGAAAGAGGUCAUCCGAGUCUGGUUCUGCAACCGACGGCAGAAAGAGAAGCGUAUAAACCCCUCCAGCGCCACCCCUCCACUGCCCAACCAUCAUCCAGCUUCAACGCACAAACCGCCCUGCUACAGCCCGCACAUGAUGUCCAGUCAGGGACUGGCUCAGGUUGUCACCAGUCUCAGCACAACAGCCGUCAGUCCCACACCUUCUGUGGCCUGCCCUCUCAACUCCAGUGGACAUGCAGCAAUGAGCUCCGCCCCUUCCUCCGUGACUCCGCCUCCUCUCAGCACAGUCAGCCCCACUCCGCCCAGUCUCAGCAGCCCUGGUCUGAACACAGGGAACACAAUGAUGGGUGUAAGCACAGGAAUGAACCAGGCCCUCAUCAGCAGCAACCCCCUGGCCACAAUGCAAGCCCUGGCUGCCAGUGGUGGGCAGAUGUCCAUUUCCGCUCUUGAGGGCAGCGGUCAGAUGUUCCUGGGCGGAGCUGGAGGUCCAGGAGCUGGAUUUCGCCAGUCCCUCUUCCUAAACCGCCCCACUUUACUGCCCCUGGCGAGGAGCGCAGGCAUGGGUCUGGUCGGCACCCCCAGGGCUUCUCCACUACCUGGCGCCAGCGGCACAAGCCCAGACUCCUGCUCCGUCUCCCCCUGCUCAAGCCCCGCCUCCUUCUGCUCGUUAGGCGACGCCUCACCGCCCCGUCUGGGUGGAGCCAUGGCUGAGUGACGCCCACACCAACCUGCUGCACUUGAGGGGAGUCAGAGGGGCGGAAGAAAGAAGAUAGACAUGACUCGCCUUUUCAACCAAAGCCAUCUCUCCCUCCCUCCAUUUCUCUCUUGUGCUCUCUCUCUCUCUCAUUAUGUCUUUUAAUGCCAAAAAUACAGAGAAAUGAGCAGAAGAGAACAGGGAUAAGGAGAGAACAGGAUAACGGGGGACUGUUUAAACCAAAAAAUUGACCUAUACAGCGUGGAGAGGUGGCUUCAACGGAGCUACUUUGAGAAUGUACAUUUAUUCCUUUCCAAAUGGAAAAAGACAAACCUAAAUGAACAGAUUAAUUUGAGGGCAGGGUCGAGAGGCAAAAAUUUUUGCGAAGAAACAACAAAAAAGGAAAACGGGUGGCAGCGAAUGGAACAAAGGAAGGACAUUUGACAAGUGUCACUGGACGGUAGAAAGAGAAACCAAAAAAUAAACACAUGGAGGAAGAAUGGAAAGACUCACAAAGACAAAAAAUGCCAAAACCAAAAUACCAAAAACCAAAACCAAAAAAUCGGAGAGAAAAGCUUUACCUAAGACUUUGAAACCUGACUUGUCCAGGAUCAGAUUAACUCUACACGACACCAAAUACCAUAUUUCCAUGCACCCCUAUAAUUAUUUUUUUUUUACUAUUUGUAAAUGUAUUUCUCAAUCUACCUCUGCUACCAAGGAUUUCGAUAUUUUUCAUUCUUUUUCAUUCCAUUUUCACUUUUGAUCCAUAAUAUUUUCAGCAUUUUUUUCCUGUCAAAACAUGAAAGCAAACUAAUUUAGAGGGAUUUUUUCCCACUUUCAACAGUAUAACACAUAUACACACACAUACACUGACACUUUUUGUGACACACAUUCCCGAUUCCCUUUCCAUCACUGAUCAUCCGCUUGAAACGCAUCCAUGCCUCAAACUUUGACUCACUUUUCUUGGAUACCAAAGCGUUUGUCUGGCCUUUUGCGUCAGCUGUAAAGUGCUCAGACGACAAGACCUCAGACAUGUCAAAAAAAAAAAAAAACAUACACAAGAAAAAAUUUAAAAACGAAUCCCCCGAUUUCCCAAACCCCUGCCCUCCAUCCUCUCUGGACCCCCUCUCCUGUGCCUCGGACAAAAUACAUGGGCCAAAUAAAGAAAAGCAAGAGGAGCAGCGACUGAAGAGGAUCCGAGGAAACUCGCAGGAGGAAAUCCAACAACCGUGAUGCAGAGGGGAGACAUGUGAUGUCGCCGUUGUUGCUUUUUUUUAUUUUUCCAACACACGGAUUAAACCAAAAAUGAAACCAAACCAAAACCAAUGGACUAAAACUGAGCUUUACUCAACGGAAUGAAACCAAAUACUAGGAGUGGACCACAGGAGGUGCACGAGGAGGAGGUGUUUAGAGUAGCAAGACUCGUGAAAAGACUCGACGUGGCUUCGACCAGAAGAUCAUUCCUUCACCUCCUCCCUCCUUCUUUCUGUUAAGUCGAUGCUUUCACUCUCCUUCCUGGACAGGAGAAUAUUUAUUAACCUCACUGAACUGAACAUCAGAAUAUAUAUAUAUACAUAUAUAUUUUGUUUUAUUGCUUUUUCCUCUCAGUCUGUCUGUUUAUGCUGUAUGACUCGUCUCAUUGCUUUAUAUUUUUGGGAUAAUGGGGUGACGUAUUGCCUAUUUUCAUAUUUCGUGUGUUUCGUCAUUUUGAAUUGAUCGUGCCGAGGGGGGGUUUCCCUCAUCAGGCGGUUUGAAACAAUACUGUGAACAUGUAGCUUCCAAGUUUUGCUUCGAUUGCGAAUGUUGUGAAACAAUAAGCCAAAACUGAAGACAUACCAAAAGCGAAAACCUUUCUUUUUUGACACCAAAUAGCAACCUAACCAAUGCACAACACGUGGAGAAAGACCGUAUUGGUGCUAGGUCUCUUCGAGGAGAGAUAGGGAGAUGUGUGUGAAUGUGGAAGCUCAUCUCCAGCAUGGAAACCAAACCGAAACACGUCCGGCAAGCCAACGUAACUUUCACUCGGUGUCUGCGAAACUGUUUUUGACUUAGACGCAAACAAAAACGCAGACAAAGGAGAAAUGUAGAGGUGGGUGGGACGGGGUGGAAUGGGGGUUUAAAUGCAACUGGAAAUCCAGUUGACGUUACACUUCUAGAGGGAAUGUACCUGUUAGUGCUUUGAUAGAUUUUGUAGGAAAAAAAUCUAUGUUCAACUGCUUAAUAUUGCUAAUGUAAAAAAAAAAAAGUUAAAAAAAAAGGCUGUGAUAAAUAUAGUCCUUAUGAAAUGAUGAUGAUGAUGACUUGAUUUUAGACCAAAAGCUUUAAAUUGUCUGUCUUGGAUUUUUUUUUCCCUCAAAAAUUAGUAUUUAUUAUGUGAGGGGAGGGUGUAUCGAUGAUUUAUAUGUUUCCAACUCUUCAUCUUAUUUAUUGGCUUAUUUAUGUAUUUAUAGCAUUUUCAUUUAUCAAUUCGGUCUUUUUUAAAAUCUUCGUAAAACCAAACUGGGGAAAAUAUGGGGUAGCUUCAGGAAAAAAAGAAAGUGUCAUUGUUUAUCUGAUGGCAAACUUAA